CGAGGUGGUUGUAGAUGGUUGUAGGUGGUUUUAGGUGGUUUUAGGUCGUUCCAUGUUUUAGUACCUCCCUGUCCUAACCAACCAUCUCGAUCCCCAUUUGUGCUAUUAGUGUCCAAUCCUUUUUUGAGUGAACCUAGAAAAAGUCUCCAAACAUGCGAGUUGCAGUUGUUACCGGUGCUAACAAGGGAAUAGGAUUUGCUAUAGUCAAAAAGUUGUGUAUAGAAUUUUCUGGAACUGUUAUUUUAACAGCAAGGGAUGAACAAAGAGGACUGGAAGCUGUCAAACAACUAAGCACUGAAGGUGCUUCACCUGUAUUUCAUCAGUUGGAUAUUGUUUCACUAGAAAGCAUUGAGAGGAUAAAGAAACAUCUCAUGGAGCAAUAUGGUGGAUUGGAUCUUCUUGUAAAUAAUGCCGGGAUAGCUUUUAAGCGGGCAUCCACAGUUCCUUUUCCAAAACAAGCUGAAGUGACUAUCCAGACAAACUUUCAUGGUACGCUUAAUGUGUGCAGAGCACUGUUACCAAUUUUAAAACCACAUGCAAGAUUGGUGAAUAUUUCCUCCCAUUUAGGGGGUUUGGCUCAACUAUCAGAAGACCUUCAGAAGAAGUUCUCUUCUCCAACAUUAACUGAAGAAAAUCUUGCUAAUUUGAUGGAUCAGUUUGUUAAAGAUGCGAAGGAUGGUACACACUCACAGAAGGGAUGGUUAACCUCUGCCUAUGGAAUGUCCCAUAUAGGAAUAAUUGCUUUAACCAAGAUUCUAGCAAGGAAUACAUUACAAGAUUCUAGAGAGGACAUUCUUAUCAAUGCUUGUGAUCCUGGCUGGGUACGCACAGACAUGGCUGGACCAAAAGCAACAAAAUCUCCCAAGGAAGGUGCAGAGACUCCAGUUUAUGCUGCUUUGCUUCCAAUAAAUGUUGGCAAACCACAUGGUGAAUUCCUCAAAGAAAAAAUGAUUCAGGAAUGGGAGGUGAUGUCAACAAGAUCUCAUGCCUCAGAAGCUGAGGAGAGACUCAAGAAGGAACAAAAAUAGUUCUUAGCUCUUGACAUCUCAUGAUAAAACUUUUUCCUUUGGCUCACUUGUUACUUUAGUACAGAUGAAGAGUAUCGUCAGUAAAAUUAGUUUGGGAUGUUGUGGUAAUUCAAUCAACUCAUGGAGAUAAAAGUGACUGUUUGUCUGAGUGAUGGUGAUGAAUAGAUGGUGGAGGUGGUUACUUUAUUUACGAAAGAAGUACCACUGUUUCUCAGCCCCAGCAUGGUAUCUGUUGUGAAAAUAAAGGUCACAAGCCCUAGGAAAACAUAGUGGCAGAGAUUUUGUAAAAAGAGGGACUCUCAGAGAUGGAUGCAUGAGAGGAGUUGUGUCCAGUUGCUAAAGAUAGGGGCAGAUGGGAGGGGACGCAUGGGAGCUUUGUGGACAACUGACCACAAAGAAGGAAGAUUGAAAGGAUUUGAUGGCAGAUUAAUGAUUAUUUGGAAAUAAGUGAAUGGUAGGAAGUAUUGUCCCCAUCAACAGUGGUUGGCAAGGAAAAUGAACCUGGCCAGACUUGAAUUUUUAGACCCUGAAAAGGAAUGCAGUUCUUUUCUCAAGUUGUCAAAGGGUUGGUUUUGGGAUUUGGAGAAUGGUAGACUUCUCUUCCCACAAUGUCUUUUUAUAAAAAAGAUAUACAUGUACUUAUAAAUAUAACAAGUGAAAAUUAGUUCUGAAUCAUCACUUGUCACAAAAAAUCAACUAUUAUUAAUGGUUAAUUUGAUAACUGAUUACAGCUAUGCACACUAUUUAUUGGUUGUUUAGUUAAGUGUGUUACACUCAGCAGUUUGAAGCAAGUCAAAGUCAUAACCAACUUUUUGCAUGAAUCACUUACAAUGUAUUUGACAAAGUUAAGUAAAUUUAAAGUAAAACAAUGCAUCACUGAGUGUAAAAAAUGCUUAGUGGUAAUGCAUAUACAUGGAUCACAAUAGAUGAAAAAUGAAUGAUGUUUGACAUCACUUCAUAUCUCAUAAACGUGCCUAAAAUAUCUAUAUCUUAAUAUCAGAAAUAAUCUAACACCUUCUAAGAAGGUUACUAUAAACAUCUUAAUAAUACAGUGUGUUAAAAAACCUAUUCUUAGUGAGUAGAAAAUCAUCCAUCAGUGAACUGAUAUGACAAGACUAAUUUUCAAGAUGCUAGGAAAAUAUCAACCCUGUCCCCCUUUGGGAUUCGCACUGUAGUUUUUGAGACUUCACUCAUUUACACUCCAAAAAAUUCCUGCCAAAAUGUAUAAGUUUGCCUUAUUGCAUCUCCAAAGGGUAGGUAUGUGUGAUUUUUGUUUUCUUGUCAUCAGUUUGUAGGGUGAGAUACUGAGUAAGUUAUACACUAAUGAUACCCAUGACUUGAGAGGUUAAUGGUUCCCAGCUAAGGAUUCAUCCAAAGAAUUAUAAUUGGGCUCUAGGCUCAUCUUUUAUGAAAGUAAACAUAUGAUACAAUAAGUCUUAAGUAACAUUCUGGUAGCUGGAAAAA